CAUCCAUCUACAUCGUAGUCUCUCCCAGCCUUCAGCCAAUUGUCCAGUGCAAGCUUGCCACUGCCCCAUCUGGAUUCUACCUGAUUUUCUCCACUCGCCCCUCACCUGAAAAUCUUCUGAUACACUAUCAGCCAUCAGAUAACACAAAAAACUGUUUUUUUCACACCAGAAUCUACUCGAAAAACUCAGACCUCGCUAGUAACCAAUACAACGGUCUAUACGUGCCAAACUUCCACAUUACACAUCACCCUGUAGCCCCCCUGUGAUACAUCAUCUCCAUUUCUGUCACAAUGGCUGAGAAAACAUCCAAGCUCCUCCAGCCAGAAACGCCUACGGUUUCCACCACCGCUUCGCCCACGGAGGGUCUCUCCGUUGUGUCCUCCAACGCUGAAAAGCCCAAAGGCGUCUACAACGAAAGAGAAAAGAAGAAGCAGGCAUUUGUAACCAGAACCAUCUGGACGUUGAUUAUGAUUGUGUUUUUCUUCUUUGUGCUUGCCUCUGGCCAUUUGGCCCUCAUUGCGCUCGUGUUGCUCUUCCAGAUCUUGACUUUCAAGGAAAUCAUUGCCUUGACAUCGGAACCGGCUCGCGACAAAAAGAUUCCUUACAACAAAUCUCUCAACUGGUACUUCCUUCUCUGCACCGUCUACUACUUAGAUAGCCAGAGCUUCUUCAACUUCUUCCAGGACUCAGUCUAUUCCAACAAGUACCUCACAGUGUUGGUUCUUAACCAUAGGUUCAUCUCGUACUCGUUGUUCAUUGCUGGCUUCAUUUUCUUUGUGUGGACAUUGAAGAAGGGGUACUACAAGUUCCAGUUUGCUCAGUUGUGUAUUACUCAUAUGACGCUUGUCCUCGUUGUAUUCCAGUCGCACUUGAUCAUCGACAACAUCUUGAACGGAAUCUUUUGGUUCUUUUUGCCAUGUGGUGUUGUUAUUGUAAAUGACAUCUUUGCCUACUUGUGUGGUAUCACAUUCGGCAAGACCCAGUUGAUAGAAAUCUCACCCAAAAAGACAGUAGAGGGUUUUGUAGGCGCCUGGGUCUGCACCACGAUAGCUGCCGUAAUUUUCAGCUACAUCUUGACACAGUCCGAUUAUUUGGUUUGUCCUGCUGUCAACUUGUCAACUCACUUGUAUAACUUUCCUCACUGCGAGCCAAACCCCGUGUUUAUUCCUCAGAUCUACCAGAUCCCACAGAACAUCAUUGACUUGAUCGGUGGAAGAUACGAAAUCUUGUCCAUCAAGCCAAUGUACUUUCACGCAUGUGUGUUGGCCACUUUCGCCUCACUCAUUGCUCCAUUUGGAGGCUUCUUUGCCAGUGGUUUAAAGAGAGCUUUCGGCAUUAAAGACUUUGGUGACACUAUUCCGGGCCACGGUGGUGUCACUGACAGAAUGGACUGUCAGUUCUUGAUGGGAUCCUUCAGUUACUUGUACUACCAGACAUUCAUUUCUCCUCAUAAUGUCAACAUUGGUAAGAUCUUGCAGCUCGCUAUCAUCAACUUGUCCACUCCACAGUUGUUCCAGUUGGUUAAGAGUUUGCUCAAAUACUUAAACAGCCUAAAUGCUGUGGAUGACGAUAAAUUGAGAGUCAUUUUUGAUUUGUUAGAUUAAAACAGCACCAUGAAAGUGAUAAGCUCUACAUUGGGCGGCGCUUUUCCCAUAAAAUUUAAACAAUCAUAGAUGAUUAUACUCAAGAACGCUUGCAAUCGUCAUACAGUAUUUAUAUGUACAUAUUUGAAUUUGGUUUCCUUUGGUGAGAGUCGUUCUGAUCAAUUCAAACCAACACCCUUCAAAAUUUCCACAACAAGCAUUUGUGUCCUUCAUAAUUUUUCAUAUAUCAUAGUUAUCAUAUUUCAAAUUUUCAAGAUCAUAGUUUUUAUAAUAAUAUAUUCUCACUAAGUCCGAGAUUGAC